AUGGAGGCCAGGGCGGCUACGGUGCCGGCGGCGGCCAUGGACACGGUCGCGGGUACGCCAACGGCGGCGGGUACGGUGACACGGGCGGUCGUCCCCGCGGGGGCGGCGGUAGGCGCGGCGGAGGGCCCAGAGGGGGCCCCAGGGGGCGCCGCGGUGGCGGCGGCCGAUUUGGCGGACAGGGGGGCUAUGGUGGACAGGGGGGCUAUGGUGGGCAGGGGGGGGAGUAUGGUGGCCAGGGAAGGGGCUAUGGUGGCCAGGGAUCUUACAGGGGCGGUGGAGGAGGGUAUAAUGGGCCGGGACGGGUACAACAAUGGGGGUUAUGGCGGCGGGAACGGGGGUUACAAUGGGUAUAAUGGAGGUCCGCAGGGAGGGUAUGAGGGGUAUGAAGGGUAUGGGGGCUCUGGGGGCUACUUCGAUUUGAACCAGAUGCAGCUGCAGAGCCAGGACUACUCGAACGUGGCUGAGUUCAAGAAGGAUUUUUAUGCGGACACGGUCGUGGCCGAGGGCUUGGGGGAGGACGACGUGCGGCAGUACCUUGAAGGGCGGGAGAUUCAUGUGCAGGGGGAGAACCUGCCCCCACCUAUCACCAGUUUUGCUGGUGCUGUCUGGCCAGCACAUGUGAAUCAGGCAGUCCAAAACGCCGGAUUCAACGACCCCACCCCCAUCCAGGCCAUGGGAUGGCCCCUGGCGCUACAGGGUCGCGACAUCGUGGGAAUCGCAGAGACUGGAUCUGGAAAAACGCUGGCGUUCCUGUUGCCAGGGAUUGUGCAUAUCUUGGCGCAGCCAUACCUUGGGCCUGGCGAAGGGCCCAUUGUCUUGGUGGUGGCACCAACAAGAGAGCUGGCCAUCCAGAUCAUGGAAGAAGCCAGGAAAUUUGGGACAUCUGAAGACCCACAGGAGUGUGUCAAGGCAGUCUGUGUGUAUGGUGGAGCCCAGAGGCAGCCACAGAUUGGCACACUGAGGCAGGGCGUUGAGAUAGUGAUUGCGACCCCUGGGAGGCUCUUGGACAUGAUAAAUGGCGAGUAUACCAAUAUGAGGAGGGUGACAUACCUGGUGCUGGAUGAGGCAGAUCGAAUGCUCGAUAUGGGCUUCGAGCCCCAGAUCCGCCAAAUAGUUAGCCAGAUCCGACCAGAUCGCCAGACCCUCCUUUGGUCUGCAACAUGGCCAAGACAGGUCCAUGAGCUUGCGGAGGCGUUUCUAAGAAACCCUGCCAAGGUGACCAUUGGCUGCCAAGAUCUCAAAGCAAACCACAGUAUAACCCAAAAUAUUGAGUUGCUGCAAGAGAUUGAAAAGUAUGGGAAGCUGACUGAGCUUCUAGAGAAGGAACAGGAUGGCAACAGAAGAAUUUUGAUAUUCUGCAAAACCAAGGUCGGAUGUGACGAGCUGACGCACAACCUCAGGUCAGAUGGCUGGCAGGCUCUCAGCAUUCAUGGCAACAAGCGCCAAAACGAGCGGGAGUGGGUCCUGGCGGAAUUCAAGGAGGGGAGGAAUCCAAUCAUGCUGGCCACAGACGUUGCUGCUCGUGGACUAGAUAUCAAGGACGUCAUGGUCGUCAUCAAUUUUGAUAUGCCCAACACAGCAGAGGACUAUGUCCAUCGAAUCGGCAGGACAGGACGUGCUGGCGCUCUGGGAACAGCAUACUCGCUGUUCACUCGCAAGGACGGUGGCAUCUCCAAGGAAAUCGUCAAAGUGAUGGACGAGGCACACCAAGAUGUCCCUCCUCAACUGCGACAGAUGGCCCAGAAUUCGUUUGAUAUGGGUGGGCGACCGCCGUUCAGGGGAGGUUUCAGGAGUGGUGGUGGGCCUGGCCGCUCUGGCGCGAACUUGACUCCCGUGGGCACUCGUGGCGGCUUCAGUGGUCGACGUGGUGGACGCGGUGGACGUAGUGGCGGAUAUUGA